GUCUUCUUAGAGAAGGAAAUAUGCUCGGCGAGGGAAUGGAUGAGUCUGCUGGGGACCAUUUCCUUGCUGGAGAAGUUUGUUUCCCUGGGAAGGCUGCACCUCAGGCCACUCCAGUUUUUCAUAGCAGACAACUGGAAGAACAAGAAAGACUUAGACGAAAUUUUGAGAAUCUCUCAGUCGGUCGAAGACCAUUUGAAGUGGUGGUUCGAUCCCGUCAAGCUAUCGGAAGGACUGUCCCUCAAACUUCUGAGCCCAGAUCUAGUGUUGUUCUCAGACGCGUCCAUGACAGGCUGGGGAGCAACACUGGGGGAGAAGGAAGUGUCAGGCCUCUGGAGAGGGGAACAGAGGUCCUGGCACAUAAACCUCAAGGAAUUGGAAGCAAUUCGAUUGGCUCUCCAAUUCUUCGAGAGAAGAAUUAUGGGACAGAUUGUCCAGAUCAACUCGGACAACACCACGGCUCUCGCAUAUAUCAAGAAACAGGGAGGGACUCACUCUCGGUUCCUGUUCGAGAUAGUGAGAGAUAUCUUGCUUUGGGCGAAAAUGAGAAAUAUAACGAUCCUGACAAGAUUCGUUUCAGGAGUGCAGAACGUUCGUGCAGACCUUCUCAGCCAUCAACAUCAGCUGCUUCCAACCGAAUGGACUCUCCAUCCAGAGGUUUGCCGAGAGUUGUGGAGGCUUUGGGGACGCCCAUUAGUAGACCUCUUCGCGACAUCGAAGACGAAGAGGCUUCCGAUUUACUGCUCCCCGGUUCUCGACCCAGGAGCAAUAGCUAUAGAUGCCAUGCUAUGGAAUUGGAAGGGGAUGGAUGUCUACGCCUUUUCUCCAUUCAAACUCCUGGGAGAAGUGAUCAGGAAGUUUGCGGCUUCAGAAGGAGCAAGAAUGACGCUGAUCGCCCCCUUUUGGCCUGCAAGCGACUGGUUCGCAGAGGUCAUGUUAUUUCUGGUAGACUUCCCAAGGACCCUACCAGAAAGAAUCGAUCUACUCAGACAGCCCCACUUCGAGAGGUAUCACAGAAACCUCUCCGCUCUGAGUCUGACUGCAUUCAGACUAUUGAAAAGUAGGCCAGAGCGAGAGGUUUUUCAAGAGCAGUGGCAAGAGCUAUUGCCAACGCUAGAAGAACACCCUCUCAAGCUGUUUACCAAUCGAAGUGGGCUGUCUUCAGGAGAUGGUGUAGGAGGAAAGGUAUUUCCUCCUCCACGACCUCUGUGAGCCAGAUUGCUGAUUUCCUUCUACAUCUUAGGAAUAUUGACAAGCUUUCAGUGCCCACGAUCAGAGGCUACAAAAGCAUGUUAUCAACGGUCUUCUGACACAGAGGCUUGGAUUUGACAAAUAAUAAGAAUCUUCACGAUCUUUUGAGGUCCUUUGAAACCUCAAAAGCCACGACCUAAGAUUCCGUCAUGGAACUUAGAUGUUGUCUUAAAGUUUUUAAUGUCAAGCCCAUUUGAACCUAUGCAUGCUGCCUCUUUGAAGAAUUUAACGAGAAAGGCUGUUUUCCUAACCGCUCUGGCAACAGCGAAGAGGGUUAGCGAGAUUCAAGCCAUGAGUAAGCAUGUGGGCUUCAGAGAACACAAUGCGGUGUGUUCGCUGAGUCCCUCAUUCUUAGCUAAGAACGAAAACCCGUCCAACCCCUGGCCCAAGAGCUUUGAUAUCAAGGGGUUAUCAGAGAUCAUCGGUCGAGAACCAGAGAGAGUCCUGUGCCCUGUCAGGGCUCUCAAAUUUUAUCUGGAAAAAACUAAACAAUGUAGAGGUCUGUCGGACAACCUGUGGUGUUCCGUCAGGAGACCAGAAUUACCAAUGUCUAAGAACGCCCUAGCGUUCUUCUUAAGAAGCACCAUCAGGGAGGCUCAUUCGUCCUGUCCAGAUGGUGAUCUUAGGCUUCUGAAGGUUAAUGCUCACGAGGUUAGAGCUGUAGCGACUUCGGUGGCCUUUCAGAAGAAUAUGGCACUCAGUGAUAUCCUGAGUGCCACAUAUUGACGAAGCAACUCUGUGUUCGCUUCACACUACCUCAGAGAUGUGAAGGCGACAUAUGAGAACUGCUACACGCUUGGACCGUACAUUUCCACAGAUAAAGUAUUGGGGACGUGAAGCGGCACGAAUCCCCUCCUUUAGAAAAUGGAUAGGUGUGCUUUUAAUUUAUGGUAUUGUUUUUUAUGGUUGUAGGGUCGGCCGCCUGAGGCGGACUUCCCUUUAUUUAGCCUAAAAGUUAUGGGACUAACUUUAGUUGGGCUAGGUCAGGUGGUAUUUUUUAUGCUUCGUUGUCCUCAGAGUAUGGUCAGUAUGGUCAGUAUGGUCUAGUCGCAUUAUGGUCACGCUCCCGUUGACAGAUCAUCUAGAACUCUCCAGCUAUACAGGUCACUACCUUGCUGGAGACUAGUAAAGCAGAAGCAGACUUGAGUGACAGUAAUCACGAAGUCAGCUAUGCUAACAGGCAAGGAACCAAGAUGUCAAUCAUCUGCAUGUAAUUUGUUUCCAAAAUCCUUCUAUUCUGUCCCUUCCCACCUCCAAGGGUGGGAUUCAGCUAUAUAUAUAUCUGGCAGGUAAGUGUCAUGAACAAAAUGAUAUUGUCAUGAUACAGUAAAGUUUGGUACCCUCAGGGGACAGUGGUCUAGAAAAUCUGAAUAGAAAAUGGGAAUGGUUCCUGAUGCCCGCCUCCCAGCGGCGGGAAUGGGUACUAACCACCUGGCCGACCACUGCGUGUGCCGGGAGUUUUGAAAUUCUGUCGGACGUCAGAGAAUACAGCUAUAUAUGUAUCUGCUAGGUAAGUGUGAACAAACUUUAUUGUAUCAUGACAAUAUCAUUUUUAUCUAUAUGUUAGAAUCUAUGUCAGAGAAUUACCUUAUUGAUAAGAGAAGUGAAUCAAAUUAUCAUCCAUUUGAAGAUGUCUGGUGCUCUUGUCAAAAACUACCAUUUCUUGGAUUCAUUUAUGACUUGAAAAAGCCAUGAAAGUACAAGCAUCUCAUUUAAUAGUCACAAAUAGUGCAAGAAGGCUGAGAGUUUGUUUAGGUAAAUUAGUGACAAUAGAAUGUUAGACAUUUACAUUUAUAAAUGAACCUAAAGUCAGCUCAAAAUUAUAUGUACAAUUUUUACUAGUUUUGUCUCAGAGUUUGGAGUCAGUAGGUUACUGUACAUGAACUUAUUUAAAUAUUGUUGUUGAUGAAAAGUAGACAUUUGCAUGUUUAGAUUUUAUUAUACCAAGAAUAAGAAAUCUCGAAUAUUGUAUAACUUCGGAGCAACUUUAAUUUUCUAAUUUAUAUGAUAAGACCUUACAAAGUAAUUGCAAAUCAAUUGAUUGUAUGUUAUCUGGCAUUACAGCUAUCAAGGUCACUGAUGCUGAAACCAAAUGAAAAUCCUCAAAUUUUACUAUACUAUGUCAUAUCUACUUAAAAUUCAAAACAUGUCAGAAAUUCUCUAAUGUUCCUCUUGUGAUAGAAUUUAUUUGGUUUAUGGUUACAAUUCUGAAAAUAAGCAGAUGUCAGCUCACAAAGUGACAAUAAUUAUGCAUGUGCAGAACAUGCAUAAUUAUUGUUUAUGUUUUUCAUUAUUUUUGAGGACAGACUUUCUAAGCAUUUAUAUUUAUAUAAGAAAAAGCACUUUGGGUUUCUGUUGGUGGUUACAGUUUUCCAGGUUUGGAGUCUGUCUCAACUUCUUAUACUCCUAACAAGCAGUUAAUGAUUUCAUUUCAUAGACUUCUCAUAAAAGUGAGAGUGUAGGCUGCCAUAACAGUAACAUCAAACUUUAGCUUCAUUCCUUAUCAUUCAUUCCAUUUAUUCAAUUCUAAUUUGGUGUACUUAAUUUUUUUUCUACACAGUUUUCAUGUAAUGUAGCAUUGGUGUUUUAUGUUUUGCAUGUUUUUGUCACUAAGAGUGUUGAAUGGUAAAAUGUAGUACUAAUGAACUUAUGGUGAGCAUAGAAAUUGUACAUUUAGCAUUUAGAUUGCUUGAGUUUGCACUUGCUCUUGAGGAGCAGCUAUUGUUUAUUAUGAAUGAAAAUUUCUUUUUUAUGUAAAUUCUUAGGUGGUGAGUAGUAAGGCAAAAUUUGUUUUUGUUCGUACACGAACAAACCUUCGGUCUUAUCAAUAGGGUAAUUUCUAGCGCCUAGCUGGAUCCAGUUAAAAAGCAGAUGAAAGCAAGGAAUCUUGUAAUAUCUGGCGACGCAUGCGUAGCUCGGGUGAGGAGUGGUCAAGGGCGACGUUAUUUCUUGGUGGCAUUUUGUUUUUAAUCUGUUCUUGUCUAAUAAUGAAAGGGUAUUAGUAUACGCAAAUGUUUUUUGCACUCAUAUUUUGUUGUCCCUUUAGCUCUUAAAUGAAAAAUCAUUGAACUUUCUUAGCUGCAGUGAUGAAAGUAAUCAGCAAUAAAUACUAAUUAAUCAUGAUGAGAGUGAGACCUUCAAGAGAGGAGAAAAGAGAAUAUAUGGAAGCAUUUAAAGGAUCAUUGUAAAAUAUUUCUUAUUAUUAAUGUUGGUAGCAUUUGUUAAAUUUUGAAAUUCCAGUUCUGACUUUUUAUAAUAAUACACUAUUGACUCAUGUACAUUGUUUGAACUGUAUUUUAUACUUGAUUGUGGUUCAGAUAGUAUUUAGAAUCACUGUUUGUCUAGUUUACAUGUUAAAAACCUUUUUGAUGUUGCAUAGAUAAGUACAGCAAUUUUCUUAUGUAUUUCAAAAGCACUUAUGAAUAUAUUACAUAAUAUUCAUUGAUUGCUUGCUCUGUCCUAGUACAUAUUUGCUCAAAUUAUUGUUCUCAUUGGUAAUACAUUACAGAAGUUGCCUACUAGUAUUAAAAUUUGUGUAUGUAUAUGUAUGAAUUUGGUAUGUUUUUCACAGUGUCAGGCAUUCACACUGAAGUGUUUCAUGAAAUUAGAAGAUCCAUUCAAGGUUAGUUAUAGCAGAUACUUUUUUUUUAUUCAUUUAUUUAUUUAUUUAUUUAUUUUUUAUAGAUACCUAGCUCUCAAAUUGUUUCUCAAAGAAUCUCAGUUAUCUAGUCAAAAAAUCACUUAUCUCAUGACAAGUAAUUUUUUAUUGUUCUCAAUAGAAGUGAUAUGGAAAAUAAGUAGUGGUUCAACCUCAUAAAAUGUUAUUUAAAUAACUUUUCCUAUGUAUUUUGAUUCUCUUCUUAAUCUUUGUCACAUUUUUACAAUGUCUUUUUCACAUAUAGGAAAGGGGUAAUUCCAGUUCAUUUUCUUCUGUAGAGAAUAAUUUUUGAAGUACAGAAUCUUAGAUUAAUAGUAUACUAUGCUCAAUUAAGUACUAUAUUUCAUGAACAUAUUACCCUGAGCCAUGUCACUGAUUAAUCUUGUUAUUUAGAUGUAACUUGGUAAAAAGAAAGGAAUAUAUGUAUGUUUAUUUGGUAUUUAAAGUAACGAAGGGAAGCUUUUGAUUGUACGCUUUUGAAGUAUUGACUUGAAUUAGUUACUUAAUAAAAUAUAUGAUGCAAUUUUUACCUGUAAAAGUUUAAUUUUUCAGCUUAGCUUUUGCUUUAGUAACUUGUAUUUUGAAUACCAAUAUGUUUCCACUUUGGAGAGUUGAUAGCUUUUGAGGUUUUGUGCUCAGUGGUCAGUUUACAGUGUUAAGUAAUUGCAGUUAGGUUAUUGAGAAUAUCAUAAUUUUGAUGAUGUACAUUUCUGUACAUGUACAGUAUAUAUUUGCACAACAGGUCUAGUCUGUUGAUAUAUUUUGUGAAAAUGGGUCUACUUUGCAAAUUGAGAAAAGAUGGUCAUAAUACCAUAAUUGACUCUUUUUACUUGUUUCCCUGUGGAAUUUUCUUUUCAUCUUUAGACUUUGUUCCUUCUCUUGAGAUUGUUAUUCAAAUUCAGAACUUGAGUUAGGAUCUGCUCUUGUUGACUGACCGAUAAACUUUCGUUUAUAAACUGGCAUCACAGACGCUGUGGUAAUUGAUGCGAUCAUGUGUAGAAAGAAAUUCCACAGUUACUCUACUUCCAUGUUUAUUAAGUUUUCUCAAAAUUUUCUUUCAACAGUAGUCUUUUCAUUAAAAUGUUCAAGCCCCCCCUCCCCCCCAACCCCCCCCCCCAAUAUGGAACUUUUCAUAACAAUGUUGGCACUAUGCUUUUUUGAAGGUAUUAUUAACGACCUCAUAAUUAUGAUUUCUUCAUAAAGGGCUAGUGCUAUUAGUGCACCUCACACAGUGCACUGUAGGCAUCAUUUGAGGUUCUUUGCAGCAUCCCUUCAACCCCUAGCUGCAACUUCUUUUAUUCCUUUUAUUAUACCUCUGAUCUUAUUCUCAUUUUUCCAUCUUUCACCCUCUCCUAACAAUUUUUUCAUCGCAAUCUGCAAGGUUUUCAUCCUGUUACACCUUUGAAACCUUUUUACUGUUAAUUUUCCUUUCAUCGCUGAAUAAACUCAUGGUUCCCAGCACUUGGCCUCUGGCCUAAAUUUUAUAUUCCAAUCUACUUAUGACGUUAUGAUUAUGAGAGCCUAUUUAUGAAUUUUUUUCAUGCAGUAACACAUUAUUUAGUAUUUGCUGUUACCAACUGGCUAAAUUAACAAUACUUCAUAAUGUCAUAGUGUUGAGUAAGAAUAUAUUGUGUAACUGGUGAAUGUCUUGGGUUAUAAUUAAUUUUGGUCCAUAAAAUUCUGUGUUCAUUGCUCUGGUUGUUUGUGCAACCAUGGAGGAAGGGAAUGUAAAUAGUUUUACUUGUUAUUAACUUCUCUGUCAAACAGUGUGCUUCUAUAAAAAUUAAACCUUUCAGUCUAAUGCAAGUCUAAUACACCAGUAGGUGUUAGAUAGAUUUUAUAAUGGUAAAGAGUCUGAGAGUUGUUAUGACUGAUUUAAUGUACAAGGACAUGGCUAAUUUACUUUUCUGGGCAAUUAAUGUCAUAAGAGCAUUUUAUUAUUAGAGCAGUAUUUGGGAAGAGUACUCUUGAUAGAUACUAGUGGUCUUCCAUCAAUCUUGUAAAAAAAAAAAUUUCGGGUAUAAUUUUUAAGUCAAUGCUAUUUAUUGAUUCUCAUAUAGUACUUUAGUUUUGAUUUUGAAUUUCAGUGUAACUUUUUUGUCGUAGAGUUGUAAAUGUCAAGUUCAUGCAAUACCCAUGACACUUCAAUUCUGUCACAUUCCACAUGAAGAUUUGUAAUAUGAAAUCAUUCCAAGCAGUGUCUGCUUUGAUCCUUGUGUAGUUGUCAUAUCAAAUUUCACAAGUGUGUGAAAACAAAUUUCCUUCAUUGCCAUGGAUCAUUUUUUUGUGAAAAGCAAAAUGAAGCUAUAUAUGGGAUGAAAUAAGCUGUCCACAGUGAUGAUGUCAUUGGAAAUUUAUAACUUCUUGAUGAGCAUUUUUAAUUCAGUAAACAUAUAGUUUAUUUGUUUUCCAUUAUAGAAUAGAACACCUUGAUAAUUUAUUGUGCCCUUGCAGUAACUUUGUUAUGAAAUAAGAGCAAAGUGUAACUAAUCUUUGUAAGGUAAUUGUUGCAUUUUUUAAACUUGUUAUACAAUACUGCACUUAAUUAUAGCCGUUAUUCAAUACCUAAAAUACAAUUCUUAAUGAUUUUUUUAGAUCAGUAUGAUAUUCGUGCAAAGGGAGUGUUAUUUAUACUCAGAGAUAUGCCUUCUGAGCUACACUAGAAGCAUUCCAAAUGGCUUUUGCAUAAUCCCCUUGGCUUUUCACAUGCAUUGUUUUUCUGACAUCUUAUCCCUUGAUGAAUUUUUUGACAUCUUAUCCCUUAAUGAAUUUUCAAUUAAAAAUUAAUCUUUCAAGGCAGUCCCAAGAGCGACUUGAGAUUUGACCUAGAAGUCUUGUGAAAUUACCUGUUAAUCUUAAUACAUUGCAGUGAAAAAACACCAUUUAUUUUAUUCCUGGGUACCUUUAGUAAGAAUAAUUUUCAUUGCUUAUGGGGAACAGUUAACAUGUGUUAAAUUUUGUGUACUUUCAUUAUUUAUUUCCUCAGCUUAUUUUGUUUCAAACAAGUUCAUUAAAAAUUAGUUAUGCUGUAUAUGCAAGUACUUUAAAAAGUGCCUUACUUAUGUCAUGCCAUAUUAAGAUUUAGAUACUAUUAAAAAUUGUGAUAAACUACUGCAGGAUAGUUGAUUUUUUAUUUGAAAGAAAUUUUUCUUAUUCUGUCUAGUUGUUAUUUUAAAGUAUGCAUAGUUAUAUGUUCCCCUGGCUGGAGUUUUGAAGCCUUCUAAUAAUGGUGACAAUAUACACUUGUCAUUUCCAACUCAUUUUUUAUAUAAGUUGCAGGAAGGUAAACCAGGUAAGUUUUUAAAUUUCAUUUAAUCACCUUUCAUCUUUUAUUUUACUUUACCUGGAUUUGUAAUUUAUGGUAGUGUAUUUGGUAUAAUGGUUAAAACAGAAGGUGUAGAUCGAAUUGCAUUGGAACUUUGCAACUCUAAAUUUUUUUUGUGUGUAAAUAGCAAACUAAUGCUUUUAUUAUUCAGAAAACUCAAAAUUUUAAAUGUUAUUUAUAUUAAUUUUGUUUGUUAAUAUUGCCAUAUAGAGUGUUUUUAAAACUGUAUGGACAACAAAGUAGAUAAUUGUAAAUAUACCAAGCCAUGUGGUAUAGAUCACUUUUUAUAUUUUAUCUUGCCUAUUCAGCAUUGGAGGUAAAAUGGUUGGCCAUUGUAUCUGCAUAAUAUUUAUAAGUCUUUAAUAAUGUGGUCAAGGACCAUGAAAUUGUAUGGGACCAUAUGGAAUUUGUUAUAUAAUUAUCAGUCUAUGUAGUAUUAUUUGUAGCUUUUUAGACUUUUGUAUGGUAAUGAGAAAUAUUUGUAUCCAUUGGUUAGAGUAGAAUAGCUGGGUUAAUAGAGUAUUGGCUUUUUGAUUUAUUUCAGAAAUACAGGUAUAAAACACAAGAAUAGAAAUAAUAUACUUUCACUAUGUACAGACGUAAAGAUUAUUUUCAAGGAAUAAAUGAAAAAUUCUAUUUUGUAUCUAUAUCCAAAGUUAUUUAGAAUUAUCUAAAGAAAACAUUUGUCCCAGGCCUUUGAGGGUUGUUUGGUUAAAAUGUCUAAUCAGUAUAUACAUAACUACUUUAUGAAGAUAGCAAGGUUAAGUCUAGAAUACAAAAGUAAAAUAUCAUUGGAAUCAAUGUGAAAUGAAAA